AACCGCUUGAUUUCAUUUUUCAAUUUCAUCCCUCUUUCGGCUCCCAUGAACUAGGGUUUUUUGUUUGGACGGUGGGAGAAGGCGAGAACAAGUUGUAGGCUCAGUGAUCUUUCCACAUUGUUCGAGUUGAAUAGAGCAAGUAUCAGAUGGCCCCGCCCGCAAAAGCUACUGCCAAAAAGCCUGAUGCCAAAGCACAAGCUGUGAAGGUUGCGAAGGCUGUGAAGUCAGGGGAUUCUACUCUGAAAAAGAAGUCCAAGAAGAUCCGCACCUCUGUGACUUUCCAUCGGCCAAAGACAUUGAAGAAGGAGAGAAACCCAAAGUAUCCCAGAAUUAGUGCUCCUCCAAGGAAUAAGUUGGACCACUAUCAGAUUCUCAAAUACCCAUUGACCACUGAGUCUGCCAUGAAGAAAAUUGAAGACAACAACACUCUUGUUUUCAUUGUGGACAUCCGUGCUGAUAAAAAGAAGAUCAAAGGUGCAGUCAAGAAGAUGUAUGACAUUCAGGCAAAGAAAGUAAAUACACUAAUCAGGCCUGAUGGUACCAAGAAGGCUUAUGUCAGAUUGACCCCAGAUUAUGAUGCUCUGGAUGUUGCAAACAAGAUUGGUAUCAUAUAAGAUUGUUCAAGACGUCAGCAAAAUUAGUUUUUUCUUUUUCUUUUUUUUUUUCUUUUUCAGUUCCUUUGUUAGAUUCUUUCUAGUGUUUUGAGUUGAAGUUUUGUAAUUUCACCGGUUCAACUGUUGCAUUUGAUUAUGUUCGCAUUAGACAAUUGAGAAAGUGGAUGCUCAGAAUUUUCUACCGAUCUUAAAAA